ACAGAGAAAGUUGAUGUCUUCCCCGCGCGUCAGAAAAGCAGCGACGGUUUAGCGCACGAGCUGUAAGCUAGCGCGCGAGCGGAAGCGUUUAGCUUCGUAUUCGACCGAAAAAGUCUGAUGGUGCGAUAUUUUCAGACGACCUAGAUCAGCUUGCGCUAAUAGGGAGGGGUUUUAAGGGGAAAAAGCAGGCGUUUACUUUCUAUUCCUCGCGGAUUCAUUGAGGCAGAUGGCGGCCACAGUGGAGGAGCUGUACCGUAACUACGGCAUUCUUGCCGACGCCAAGGAGGACCUCAGCCAGCAUAAAGAUGCCUACCAGGUUAUUCUGGAUGGUGUGAAAGGAGGCCCAAAGGAGAAGCGUCUGGCUGCACAGUUCAUUCCAAAGUUCUUCAGCAGUUUUCCAGACCUGGCAGAUGCAGCAAUUAACGCACAGUUGGAUUUGUGCGAAGAUGAAGAUGUAUCGAUUCGCCGGCAGGCCAUCAAAGAGCUUCCACGCUUUGCAGCUGGAGAGAAUUUACCCAGAGUAGCAGACAUCCUCACACAACUACUGCAGACAGACGAUGCAGCAGAAUUCAACCAAGUAAACAGUUCCCUGAUUUCCAUAUUCAAAAUCGAUGCCAGAGGGACACUUGGAGGUCUUUUCAGCCAAAUUCUACAGGGAGAGGAUGUUGUACGAGAAAGAGCAAUUAAGUUCCUCUCCACCAAAUUGAAGACAAUGCCGGAAGAAACUCUGACCAAGGAAGUGGAGGACUACAUCCUCACAGAGACAAAAAAGGUUUUGGAAGAUGUGACUGGAGAGGAGUUUGUGCUUCUGAUGCGGGUGCUGUCCGGAAUGAAGAGCUUGCAGACAGUGAGUGGGAGGCAGCAGCUGGUGGAGUUGGUGGUGGAACAGGCCUACCUGGAGCAGGCCCUCAACCCUGCUGAUGCUGACAGUGUGGACCGCCUGCUGCAAUGCACACGCCAGGCACUGCCACUGUUCUCGAAAAAUGUGCAUUCCACUCGAUUUGUGACGUACUUCUGCGAACACGUUCUGCCUAACCUCAGCAUGCUCACCAGCCCUGUGGCAGAACUGGACAUCCAGCUUGAAGUACUGAAGCUGCUGGCAGAGAUGAGUCCGUUCUGUGGUGACAUGGACAAACUCGAGUCCAAUCUCAUGAUGCUAUUUGAGAAACUUCUGGAGUUCAUGCCCUUGCCUCCUGAAGAAGAGAACGGGGAAAAUGCUGGGAAUGACGAACCCAAGCUCCAGUUCAGCUAUGUGGAAUGCCUGCUCUUCAGUUUCCACCAGCUUGGCAAAAAGUUACCAGACUUUCUUAUUGACAAGGUCAAUGCUGAGAAAUUAAAAGACUUCAAGAUCAGGCUGCAGUACUUUGCAAGAGGACUGCAAGUGUAUAUUCGCCAGCUCCGAGUGGCCUUGCAAGGCAAAACUGGUGAUGCUCUAAAGACAGAAGAGAAUAAAAUCAAAGUGGUGGCUUUGAAAAUUACCAACAACAUCAACGUCCUAAUCAAGGAUCUCUUCCACAACCCUCCAUCCUACAAGAGCACUGUCACUUUGUCCUGGAAACCAGUGCAAAAGACCGAGGCAGCAGCUGUUGUGGGACAAAAGCGCUCUUCUGGAGAGGAUGUGCCUACAGGAACCAUUGGAAAGAAAGUUUCCCCGUUGCCCAGGAGGGAUGCACGGCAAAUCUAUAACCCCCCGAGUGGAAAAUACAGUGCUAGUAUUGGAAACUUUUCUUAUGAGCAAAGAGGUGGGUUCAGAGGCGGCCGGGGCAGAGGUUUUGGACGGGGAAACAGAAGUCGAGGACGGAUCUACUGAAGGAGGACUAUAAAAUUUUUAGACAUCCAUCUAUACAGCUGCAGGUCUGCCACAUGCCAGCAUCUCUACUGUUCUGACAACAUCAGUCCUGUUAGUCUCCCCAUUUACCACUUACUGUACUUUAUCCCUCCCCAAGUUUGUUCCUUUGUUUACUUAAUGUAGUGCUGAAAUAAUACUUGGUUUGUGUGUGUGUUUUUUUUUGUUGUUUUUUUUUGUUUUUUUGUUUUUUUUGUUUGUUUUUUUUUGUUUUUUUGGUUGGUUUGUUUUUGGGUUGUUUUUUUUUGUUUGUUUUUUUGGCGUUGUAUUUUUAUUUUUAGGAUAAAAACAAGGCAAUUGUGUAAUAUGUACUUUUUGAUUGUAUUUGUAUGGUGGCAGAUCUUUUUGUAUUUUUUUAAUCUUAGUUUUUCAGUGUUUUUGUUGGAUAUUGUCUUCACAUGACUUUGUAAAAUACAUUUGUUUUGAUCUGCAUUUUAUUAUAAACCAGUCCAGUCAAAAAAAAAAAAGUCCUGUCAUUGGUAAUUUUUGGAAAUGGGUAUUUAAGUUUAUAUCCGAUCUCCUCCUAUGCCUUCACUUUGUGCUUUGCAAUUUUUGAUGAAUAAGGAAGGGGAGUGUAGUAUUUUUAGUGAUGUAAUCCUUGAUAAUAUUUGUGUCAAUAGAUGAUAGUUGCUAUAAUUUAGCUUCAAAUAUUGACUGACUGAAAUUUUUCAGGUAACUUUUUCAAAUUUGAAGAUCUAUUUUGAAUUUCACAAAUUUUUUUGCAUGCAUAUUUUACAGCAGUUGGAAUAGGUAUUUAAGUAUUUUGAAUAAAAACAAAAAACAAUUGUUACUUCUAGUUUUUAUAACUGAUAACAAGCUUCCUUCAGCUGAAUUGUUCUGCUUGUUAUUGACAGUGGCUAGUUCUGCUUGGUAAUAAGGGUGCAAAAUUUGACCACCAUAAACAAAAAAAUAAAUUACUCUUUACAUUCUGUGUUGCUCAUUAAUGAGCACUGCUUAACUGUGUACUUAAUUUUGCAGACACCAAAAGUCCAUUGCUUUGGUUUUUUUCUAUCCAAAAGAUAAGCAAUGAACUUCAAGUAUACAAGAUUAAAUGUUGCUGCAUUAUUGUCUAUUUUUGCUCUUUGAUUGAAUAAGAUGAUCAUUUUAAGAAAAAUUAUAAGACUUUCUAAAGGAAUAUUUUUUACAUAUUUAUUUUUAAAAACAUUGUGCAUAUAAAGUAAAAUAUGUUGCAAAACUGACCUCACAUAGGCUUCCGUGGUGAAUAGAAUUGCACUCAUUUUCAGUUUCAAAAUUGUUUACAGCCACAAGAAUAAACACAUUUCAAUCACA